CAGCAAAGUGGCUCGACGCUUCACUGUCACCUGUACGUGAAAUGAACACCUGUUGCCGGGCCGCUUUAAAAAAAAAAGAAAAACGCUCAUAUUUCAGGCAGUUUUUUUGCAACGCCACAAAAGAUCCAGGCCUGGUUUCAGUUAACCCCCCUUGUCCUCUCUGCAGGUCCACACGGAGCCCGCUGACGCACAAGGAACACACGGAGGAUGUGUUUUUAAAAGGAAAUCUCACAGCGGCCGCCAGUAACCGAGCUACAGAUUGAACAUGCUGCAGGUUGAAUGAGUGACAGAUAUGGGGCCAGCAGGAUCAUAUUUGCAGACUUUCACUGUGGUCACGCUUUUUUGCCUAUUUUUGACUAUUGAAGGUGCUAGGCCAGAGGUGCUUGGAAAGGUCGGAGGUGUGGUGGAAUUGGAGUGUAGUUUUCCUCCGUCGGAGCCAGCUGUCGUGUCUUCAGCCUCCCUGCAUGUGGUGGAAUGGGUUCGACAGGGGCUCGACAUCCCUGUCCUGAUCAAAUUUGGAUCGUACUCUCCUCGCCUCCAUCCACAAUAUGAGGGGCGGGUGUCUCUGGUACGAAUCACUGACCUGAGGCUGGACGACCUGCAGCUGGAUGACCAGGGCAUGUACGAGUGUCGAAUCCUCUUACUGGAUGAACCCACGGAUGAGCUGCAAAAUGGCACUUGGACUCAGCUUUCUGUAACUGCCCCACCCACUUUCACACAAGCCCCGCCUCCUGUGAUGGAGGCUCUGGUUGGAAGUCACCUCUCGCUUUCCUGUGUUGCUAAUGGCAACCCUACUCCAACCAUCACCUGGCUAAAAGAUGGCAGUGUAAUUCAAAGAAUAAAUUAUCCGGAAGGAGCCUUGUUUCUGCGAGCAGUGAGCAUGCAGUCAGCAGGACAGUACACCUGCCACGCUUCCAAUUCUGAGGGAAACGUGACUCGCGUAACCAAAGUGAAGAUCAAAGGUCCGCCUGUUAUUGUCGUCCCUCCCGAAAGCACGUCUCUCAACAAGUCCCAGAGUGCACUGCUCCGGUGCCAGGCGGUGGCUGACCCCCCCAACAUGACCUACGUUUGGCAGAAAGGUGGAGAGAACGUCCAUCACAUAGAGUCUCUGAAGUCGCGAGUGAAGAUCAUGGUAGAUGGAACUCUACUCAUCUCCAGUCUAAUCCCUGAGGAUUCUGGGAACUACACCUGCAUGCCGAGCAACGGCCUGCUGACCCCGCCCACCGCCUCUGCCAACCUCACAGUGAUGCACCCAGCCCAGGCUCUUCCAAUGCCCCAGAAAACGUACCUUCCCACAGGUAUGGAGGGUGUGGUCUCCUGCCCGGCCGCAGCUCAGCCUCCACUGCUCCGUGUGGAUUGGACAAAAGAUGGAGAACCACUUGACCUGUCCUUGUAUCCAGGAUGGACGGUGACGCCAGAGGGCUCUUUGUUGAUGACCACAGUCAAUGACGACGCGGCAGGGAUUUAUACGUGUACGCCAUACAACGGCUACGGCACCAUGGGUUCAUCGGAGCCGACGGACGUAAUUCUACAGGACCCCCCAUCACUCGGCAUCGCUCCGGAGACGCAGUACAAACAGGAAGCUGGGAGGACCUUGCUCAUCCCCUGUCAAGGAAACAAGGACCCCACAGUUAAAGUGACCUGGAGCAAGGUUGACUUGGCUCGUCGUACGUCUUACUCCAUAGAAGCCAACGGUUCUCUGCUCCUGCAGCCUCUCACUAAGGACCACCAGGGGGCGUGGGAGUGCAGUGCUACUAACCGCGUGGCCUCGGUGAAAGCCAGCACACAAGUCUUCGUCCUGGGAACCAGUCCCCAUGCGGCAACCUCUCUGUCCGUCUCUCCAGGGGUGAAGCAGGCCAACAUUUCCUGGGAGCCAGGCUUUGAUGGAGGAUCAGCACAGACAUUUUCAGUUUGGGUGAAGAAGAUUUCAGCGAGUGAUAAUGAAGGGAAGCACGACUGGUUCUCUGUGCCCGUGCCCCCGUCCUCGGGCAGCGGGCUGCAGGUGACCGGCCUGUCUCCUGCCACCGACUACCACUUCAGCAUCCUGUCUCAAAAUAAAAUGGGCACAGGACCCUUCAGUGAGAUCGCCACCUCGAGGACCUUGGAUCCUCCGCCGAGGAGAAGUAAGCUGAAGCCCCCUGUGUUGCUGUCAGCUAAUCAGGGCUCAGCAGGUGUCGUUCUGCAAUGGUCCCUUCCUGAAGCUCAGCAGCCUGCCAUCACAGGCUUUGUUCUCCAAUCCCGCACCGAGCAAGGAGAGUGGUUUCAACUGGACGAGGACAUCAGUGCCAACAGUAGCCAGAUAGUUGUUCCCGGUCUGCACAAGGACUGUGUGUACGAGCUGCGGCUGCUAUCUCGUAGUGGGGAGUUGCUGAGCGAGCCCAGUCCAUCAGUCAAUGUCUCCACCAUGGGGAUGGAGAUCUACCCCGCCACAUCCCGACUGCUGGAGCGGGUCCCGGAGCCGUUACUGGCCGGCGUGCUGGGCGGGGUCGGCUUCAUGUGCUUGGCACUGGUCUUGCUGCUGGGGUCCGCCUGUGUCAUCAGCCACAAGAGGGAUCAGCGUCGCAGAAAGAAGGAUGAGCCCCCCUCUGCCAUCUAUAAAUGCUACCCAUCAAUGAAGACUUCAGGCAGUGGCAGUCCAGACAGUGUGUUGAAGAGAAGCCUCCUUCCAGCCAGCCUCCUCUAUCCCACCUCUUCCUCCUUCACCACCACCACCACCUCCUCCUCCUCGCAGACAGACUGCUCCUCCUUUAGCGCUGACAGUCAUCAUCGGCAGAAGCAACUCCAGUCCAACUACAGCAGAGGCCGCCUUACUAGGACAACUUCUACUCCGAUUUCCCCUCCAAUCGAGCUGAUCUCUAGAGGCCCGGAUGGGCGUUUUGCACUCCUACCCUACAGCGACGACGCGCUGAGUGUUCACAGCAAGAGAAGUGGACGGUAUCCCCAAGCUAGGGUGCGAAGGUCUGUGUCUCUGCAUUCAGAGAGGGAAGACAGGAAGCCAGCAUUCGUGCUUUCUGUUGAUCUCCCACCUUGCCGGCCGGCACAGGGUAAUCCUACAAACCGAAUUUGUGGCGUGGCCCAGAGCCUGCCACAUCCCCGCCCUUAUAUCUUUGAUAAGAAGGCAAGCUACGAUGGCUCUCCUCCUCCUCCUCACGUCAGCAGCCUGGGCUCGAACAGUAGUUUGGCCACCAUUUCUCAACAAGACAGCGAAAUACCUCCCAAAUUUCCAGUGCUCCCGCAUAUCCGAUCCGGCCUAGGCCAGCCGUCUGUGACCGCCAGCGCUCUGGUUCUCCAAAUGGAGCACGAGCGCGAGAGGGGAAACCUGAGCCGCUGUCUGAAGCUGGCUCAGGAGAGGGAGGAGAUGGAGAUGGAGCUCCGGAAGUACACACUGGAAAGAGGCUCGGCGAGAGAAACGGAGACGGAGCAUUUCGACUUUGAGAGGAGAGAGGCCGGCGCUAAUGAGCCUGGGUGGGAAUAUAAGAGCAGUACAUUGCCCCACAGAUACACCAAGGGAGGGAAUGAGUGCUUUGGUCGGUCCCAGAGCCCUUUCUCUUCAUCUGAUGUGCAUAGGGAUUUCCGUUCUCUUGUCCAUCCUCUCACUCUAACCCCAGGCCGCACCUGUUUCAGAGCGUCUUCACCAGCGAGUGCGCCUUGUUUUAAGCCUGGAAACCAUUACACUGCUCCAUCCCCCACCAAACACACCCACCUCCUAUCUGAGGAGGCAGGCAGAUUAACUCUCCCACAUCUCUCCUCAAAGCAGCAGAGGCAUGAAACGGUAGAAGCAGUACCAGAGGGCUAUGAUAAUUCACCACAAUCCACAGUUUUAGAAAUGCAAACGAAUGAUUCAUGCUCUGAGGCAUGGAGACAGAACAAUCUUAGUCAUAGCAGCCUUUCAACGUUGUCUUUCCAUAGCAGUAAACAUCCUGAAAGAUCUAAUCUGCACCUGGAUGCGAUGCCAGACUCUUUAGAAGCAGAAGUAGCAUUUCCCGAAUCCGCUGAUGAAGUUGUGUGUGUUGAGAUGAGUGUGGACGAGCCAGAGUUGGAGGUGUGUGUGACGCAGCCUGUGAAGCCCAUGCUUCAACACAGAAUUGCCUCCCAUGUUCAACAUGGGCACUCGCUGGGUCGCAGAGGCCGGCACGAAGACGCAACUAGGAGCACAAGCCUUAACCGCCGCAGUCCAGCAUAUCCCCAAACUCCCGGACCAGAAUCCUGGAGAGCUGGGACCCACAGCUUUAAACUCUGUGACUCUAAGCAGCGAAGCCAGAGCCUUGACUCCCGGAGACGGAAAGAGAGGGGUUUCCUGGCUCCUGAUGCGUGGAUAGACUCUCUCAGCCAAGAGAACUGCUCUGUUGCGUCUUCUUGUCGCCCACACACAAUGUUCUGGGAACCCCAGAGCUCUCCGGUCAGGAGCAUCUCCAUAUCUUCUGCAAAUUCACCUUCUGCUGCCAAAGCUGCCUCGCGGUCAUCUCCUGCUGUGGAUGCUUUAUCUCUAAAAAGCAGCCCAUACAGGCCCAUUCCAAAAGCUGACGUGCCUCACCACUAUGAGCCAAAAAGAGAGGCGUCCAUUGUUCCCAGGGUUGCCAAAUGGCCAGUUGACUACCGGGAGGCGGUGAAAGAGGCAGAGGUUUAUCUGGAGGCCAUGAAGGAAGCUUCCACAUGCUUGCCGCAUGGCAAAGACGAUUACCGAGAGGCACUAGAAUUAGAGGCGGGGGGCUCCGAGGGAGUGCCAGAGUUCGGGAGCAGCUACAGCAGUUAUGCAAGCAGCGGCCGAGGCAGCAUGGAGCCCGCUAACGGACGCCUGUCCCUGUGUCACCUCUCCCCAACCCUCACCACCUCACCCGGGACAGUAGAGGGGAGCCAGGGGAGCACAGAGGACACUCACCAAAUGGAACAAAGCCAAAGGAGAAAGGUUUCAGUUGAUGAGAAUUAUGAGUGGGAUGCUGCUGAUUUCUCCUCACAGCUGGGAAACCAUGACGACCUGCUUCCUUCAUUGAAUCUACUGAAGCCUACUCAAUGCCGUAGCCUUGCCAGAAUGCAGCGCUCCACCAAGGCACAGACACAUUGUGCUCAGCCCUCUUUGCUCCUGGGGCAUCAAAGCAGCUGCUCUGCUGAGCCAGAAGCAGAAUCCGUGCUGUUCUGACAGCGCCAGCCAUCGGCUCAUCUCACCCGUUGUGUCCUGUAACUUAUUGACUUGCAUCACGAGGUGACAUAAAAAUAGGCAUUUUGGAGAAAGUGAGCUUUUCUCUGAUCAAUUCCUGUUUUCAAAGCACAAAAAAAGGACAACGUACUGACUAGCUUUUGAAGGCGGGUUGUUUUCAACAGUACAGAGAUCAGUUAAAGCAGUUGUUUCCAAACGUUUUCACGUCAAGGACCCCUACACUGACAUGCAAAAGAGCAUGGCCCCCUUUAUGAUCCGAUUUUUUUUUCCACCAUUUGAUAGGAUUCUUACUUUUA